ACAACAUGGGGAGCCUCCAGGAGCCCCGGAAGGAAGACGCCGUGGUGGUGGACAAGCCCGGCCCGCACGACAACUACUCCUGCUACCGCCUCCAUAACUCCAGCGCCUCCCAGAACGCCGCCCCUUCGACGCCCCCGCUGGCCAGGGACCUCUUCGGCGUCGUGCGGGAAGCUUGUGCUCAACAGAAUGUCAAGUGGCCGGUCGAGUGUCAGGUGAUCCAGGACAAAGUGCACCACAUCGAGGACUGGCCGCUCUAUCCCGAAGCCUUUUACGAAGCUUCGGGCACCGAGCUUCGACCCCAGCCGGUGGGGGACGAGCUGGGGCGCGUGGUCUAUCAGUAUUACCCCACGAGUUCAGUUAAUUAUUUUUCACGUUCAUGUGUAGGAGGCAACAAAUUUCUGAAUGAGGAUGUCCGACCACCUUUAGAGGAUGAGAAUGACACCACACUGCAGUUUGAGUCCCGCUUUGAAUGUGCAAAUUUGGCGAAGGUAGUACAGGUAUCAGAGUGUUAUUAUGAACUCCAUUUAAGAGCUGACAUGUACACUUCAAGACACACCCAGUGGUUUUACUUUGCUGUUUCAAAUACACGGAAGGAUAUCACAUAUAGAUUUUCCAUAGUGAAUUUAUCCAAGGGGGACAGUCUCUAUAACCACGGGAUGCGCCCUCUGAUGUAUUCGAGCGAGGAGGCCGACAACCACGGCGUCGGCUGGAGAAGAUGCGCCACCAACAUCGUCUAUUUCAAGAACCACGACAGUAGUGACAACGCUUGCUUUGAUAGUGACGAUGAUGGUGAAGAUGACGCCCCCUCCUACACGUUAACAUUCAACGUAACAUUUCCACAUGAUCAUGACACUGUAUAUAUUGCUCACUGUUAUCCAUAUAGUUAUUCUGAUCUACAAGAACAUCUCCUGACCAUCCAGAAUGACCCGUUCAAAUCAAACGUGUGUCGGCAACGGGUCCUGUGUCGCUCGCUCGCUGGGAAUCCCGUUUAUCUGUUGACCAUUACGAGUCCUGAACCGGAAGAGGAUGGGAAGAAAAAGCGGGCCGUGGUGCUGACCGCCCGCGUCCACCCGGGGGAGACGCCGUCCUCGUGGAUCAUGAAGGGCAUCUUGGAUUUCCUGACGGCGGAUCACCCCAAGGCGCAUGACCUCCGCAGCCAGUUCAUCUUCAAAGUGAUCCCGAUGCUGAACCCCGACGGCGUGAUCGUGGGCAACCACAGGUGCUCGCUGGUGGGCCGCGACCUCAACCGCCAGUACAAGAUGGUCGUCAAGGAGAUGUUCCCUGCGAUCUGGCACACCAAGGCCAUGGUUAGGAGGCUCAUGGACGAGCACGGAGUAGUCAUGUACGGCGACUUCCACGCGCACUCCCGGAAGCACAACAUCUUCCUGUACGGCUGCGAGAACCGGCGGAAUCAGGACAACCACCUGAGAGAACAGAUCUUCCCUCUGCUCCUGCAUUACAACGGGGGCGACAAGUUUAGCUUCCGGAGUUGCAAAUUCAAGGUGCAACGCUGCAAAGAGGGGACCGCCCGCGUGGUGGUGUGGAUGAUGGGCGUCCUCCACUCCUACACCAUGGAGGCUUCCUUCGGGGGGGCUUCCGAAGGACCUCGAGCAGGAACCCACUAUAACAUCCAGGACCUGAUUUCCAUGGGCAGGCAGUUCUGUGAAACACUUGUUGAGUAUUUCGACCCUCAGCCUAUUAAGGAGAAAUUAAGGAAUAAAUUAUGGUCUCGUCUAAUCAAGAAAGGAUCGAGUGCUGACGAACCCGCCUCCAUUGACUUCAGUGAAACGAACUCGAGCAGCGGGGAGUCGGACCGGCAGACGACGCCCGUGAGGAUGCGGAAGAAGAAGGUGCAGAGGCACCCCCGGCGGAAGGGGGCCGGGAGGCAAAGCGUCGCUCAGGUUGUUGAUAAAGUUACAUCUCAGAUGAAAAUGGAGAAAGCAGAGCGCAGACCCAAGGGCCUGCACCACAGCCGCUCCGGUUCCUCGGGCUCCCCCUCGACCAGCUGCAGGGACUCGCUUCCGGCGCACGGCGACCGGGUCAGUGGUAAAGGCGCAGGCGGCGCGGCGGAGGAAUCCGGCCUGGACAGCGCCCCCUACAAGGCUGCAACAGACACCAAGCCGUGCCUUAAAAAGCUCUCAGAGAGACCUACAACCUCCAACAGUGUGCUUGACCUCAGCUCAGGACGUACAAGCCUUAGACCAACCCAGUACAAGCUAGAGGAAGCUUUGCCCACGCCCUGCUCUGCCCCCCCACUGCGCAGGUCCAGUCACAGCCUGAUCCGUCCCACCCAUUCCUCUUCUGCCCCCCGGGAGGCUUCCAUCUCCCCCGUCCCGCCAGAGAAACCCACCACUGGCUCUGUGAACGAGACCUUAGUACACAGACUCAUCAGCAACCAUAAACACAAGGAUCCUAUUCACAGUGACGGGUACGACCUAGACGGCCAGGAAUCGGUGGAGCUGCGGGGGUACCUGGACGGGGGGACCAAGAGCUACAUGGAGAGGAUGGGGGAGCUCAUGGCCAACAGGCUGGCCAUCAGCGACACGGAAGAGGGAAGUGUCACCAACUUCUGGGAGACAGACCUGCCGUCUCGCACUAUGUUAUCCACACCACGAAACUCCCAUUCCAGCCUGCGCAGACUCGACGCGCUGGAGCCGGUCGUGGCCAAGACUCGGCUCCACGACCCAAGGAGACAGCCCAGGCCGGUCCGCUCCCCGCAGAGCGUGUACGCGUCUGUGCGCGCGGCCCAGGUCAUCCAGCGAGGGACUUCUCGCGUCCAUAAGUCACCCCUGAGCAGGAAAAGGAGCGACGACCAGUGGGAUAAGAAGAGAGACAGUCAUCGGCAGCUACACUAUUAUGCAGAUGACAGGACGAAGGAGAACAGGAACUACUUCGACUCCAGAAACCACUACGAGGGCUACGACGACAACCUGCUGUGGGUGAGAGGCCCCCACGGGGAGCCCACCGACGUCCUCACCGACCCGAUUCACAACGGGAAUUUAACGUAUCACCGCUACUCCUCGCAGCCAACGCAGCUAGACAUGGGACCAUGUGAAGACUUGCUAGUUUCCGGAGAAGAGGUCGUCCUCAGACUCUCUGUUCCUUCCAUACCAAGAGUUUCCUCGGGGUCGAAGGCGGGAGACGAGCCCUCCGCCUCGCAGGUCGUGCGUCGCGGCAGCAGCAGGAAAUCGGGCACAAGAGCCAACUCAGGAAAGCCAAAAGGGACCAAGGACAUCGACGAAGAACAGCUGUGCGCGGACAUCGCCACCUGCGAUACCCUGUUCCUAGACACAGCCGCUCAGGAAACGCCGGAGCUCAUCGCAGCCAGGAACCUCAAGGGGAAACUCAAGAAGAAGAAGUCGGUCAAACCCGGAGGGAGCAAGGACUCGGAGAAGCACAGGGCGAGCAAGCAGGACCAGGACGGCGAGCAGAGCGGCGGCGGGUCGAAGCCCUCGAAGGCCGAGGACGAGGACAAGGAGAGCUCGGAGAGCACGCCGCCCGACGGCAAGGUCAAGAAGAAGAUCAAGAUUGUCAUAGGAAAGAAGACGAAGAAAGUAAGCAAGAAGAAUUUACCAGAUAAAGAUUCCUAGUACAGGCAAUAUAGGCAUAGAAUUGGCUACACUUUUUGUGGUUUAUGUCCUAGUCUUCUAAACGUUUUUGUAUGGGAAAGAGAGCCUACAAGGCCUAGGGGCUUAUAGGCAUUUCAUAAACCGAGUCUGAUUUGUAAGCAAGUGAGAAAACCAUUAAGUUUAGACAGGUGCUUUUCUAUGAUGGGAGAGUAAGAUCUCAACACUUUAUUUUUAUUUUUAUACCACUCUUAAAACAGACAUUGCCCACUUGUUGCCUUAGCUUCUGAUCUCAGAGUCAGUUUCAUCUUUUGCUCAAAUAUUUUCAAAUGCACCAAUUUUUCUUAUGACUGCAGCUGUAUUUGUAUGAUUCUACCCAGUACUCUGAUUUAGAUUACCGGAUACAAACAAUCAACAUAUCAAUAAUAGAAGCUUUUCUGAAACCCAGGCUGCCAUUGUUAAAGGUCUCAGUCAGUUUGUAGAUCAGUAAACGUUCUGCUUUUAACGCUAGCAAAAGAACUUCAAAUUUCAGUUCUUACAUAGUGCUUAGCAAGAGUUAAUUUUACAGUAUUAUCAAUUAAAGUGAUGGUGAUGACUCCCCACAGUCGUCAGAUAUGACCAACGUUCAACAACCUCAUAGUUCACUCUCUGAAUAGUGUCUACUUUACAUAACAAAGUCGAACCGAUAUACAAACUUUCAUCAUAUCAGCACCAAAUUUUUAAAAUGAUGUCUUAUUGAUAGGUGUAUUAUUAAUGACUGACCGUAGUGUUUGUACGUAUAGGUGUGAAUAAGAUUAA